AACCCAGGUCACGGUUCCUAUUGGCUGAGUCCGCCGAGGGUGACGUCAUUGGGACGUACUAAGACUAGGGUUGGGCCGAGAGUCGGAGCCAUUACUGCAGGAAAAGGUCCCGCAGAGCUGAGCAGUCAAGAUGUGUGACUUCACCGAAGACCAGACCGCAGAGUUCAAGGAGGCCUUCCAGCUGUUUGACCGAACAGGUGAUGGCAAGAUCCUGUACAGCCAGUGUGGGGACGUGAUGAGGGCCCUGGGCCAGAACCCCACCAACGCCGAGGUGCUCAAGGUCCUGGGGAACCCCAAGAGUGAUGAGAUGAAUGUGAAGGUGCUGGACUUUGAGCACUUUCUGCCCAUGCUGCAGACAGUGGCCAAGAACAAGGACCAGGGCACCUAUGAGGAUUAUGUUGAAGGACUUCGGGUGUUUGACAAGGAAGGAAAUGGCACCGUCAUGGGUGCUGAAAUCCGGCAUGUUCUUGUCACACUGGGUGAGAAGAUGACAGAGGAAGAAGUAGAGAUGCUGGUGGCAGGGCACGAGGACAGCAAUGGUUGUAUCAACUAUGAAGCGUUUGUGAGGCAUAUCCUGUCGGGGUGACGGGCCCAUGGGGCGGAGCUCGUCCGCAUGGUGCUGAAUGGCUGAGGACCCUCCCAGUCUCCCAACUCCGUGCCUUUCCCUGUGUGAAUUUUGUAUCUAGCCUGAAGUUUCCCUAGGCUCUCUUGUCUCAGCACCUUUCCCAUCUUGUCUCUUGGAUGAUGUUUGCCGUCAGCAUUCACCAAAUAAACUUGCUCUCUGGGCCCUCG